AUGGCGAACCAUCCUUUCCACCGUCGUGUCUUCAAUGGAAGUGCCGACUUCCAGAGAGAUGAUUGUCCAGGUCCCUGUCAUCCUGGAGAGUACCUUAACCGCCAGCCGUCCUACCCAGAGGUCGGACAAGUCACCGAGGAUUUCAACCAAUAUCCCUUAGGAAUACCGAAUGCUACCGAGCAUCUCUUUGGCCUCGACCAAAGUUCUUCCGGUACCAGAGAUAUUACCGAAGAGUUCUUUGACUGGGACCUGUGGAGUAAACAAGAUGAGGUUACCGUCACGACCGAGACCUCCAUCGAAGGGGACUCCUUGGUUCGUUCGGCUCCGUCCGCAACACAAGACCAGGAUACUAGGAUGACCUUGGAUCAUGAAUCCGAGACGACGGAAGGCACUGUCAUUGUCGCUACCUCCAGUCCCCUUGCUAUCCCAUUUCUCAAUCAGCCGACGCGCGGCGAAAAUCUCGACCCUAAACGAUAUCCAACGUCUGAAGACAUCGAUAUCCAUUUAUCCGAACCCGACAGUCAUGAUGCAGAUGAAACGCAGGCCUCAUCUCGAAGCCGACUUGGCAAGCAGACUGCUAAGCGCGAGCGCAUUCUAUCAAAUCCUGAAGAGACAGCGCGUACCCGAGAAAACAGAGCGUGCCUCUCUUGCAAAAUUCAGAAGACCAGGGCCUGGGGCAAUGCAAAGCGUACUGCGCUCCUCAUCUCCCACUGCACCAACGCCGGCAACGCAAUACUGUUGGUUCACGGUUGCGAGUUCAUCGAAUCGGGGCCAGACCUUCGCUCCUAUUAUAUGGUAGGCAUUGCCCCUGAUGAGGGUCCCAGUGAUAAGGAUCUUUAUGACUGGGGCAAACGUGAUGUGGAGGCCCAUGCCGACACCGAGGAAAAUUUCCCGAAUUGUCUUGAGAAGUUCCUCUUGCUCUAUGAGCAGAUGUUUCAUCAACGUUAUGUUGCGAACGUCAAGAGCUCUGAUCAGACCAGGCCUGGCAAGUUCCACAAACUGAUGGACAACGCGCAGUAUGUGGCGUGUAUGGCAAGGAUCUGGACUGCUAGGCGAUUCUCUGUAAGCGGAGUACCCUUCGGUUUCGACCCUGAACCAGUGUCGGUUUUCUUGCGCCAGCGUGCUGGGAAGGUGAUAGGGCCAAUCGAAGGGCAGAUACUGGAGCUGCUCAAGGCGUUCUCAACCUCCACGGAGACCAAGAUCACGAAGGCGUUCUCAAACUCCCAGGAGACCAAGAUCACACCUGACCUCGAGUCCACUAUGGGUUCAGCACUUGUUAUUGCUGUCUGGACUGCUCUGUGGCAGAUGAUGUUGACAUACCGUAGCGUGCUCAACCUGACGCCGCCUGGCACUGCAUUCCAUGAGGAGACUAAUGAACUCUUCCAGAGCAUGGUGACGAUAUACUCGAGGCUCUUCCGUACGGCAGAAGUGCUCAGAACCGUGGAAAAGGCGUUCGACAGUGCAGAUGCAUUCGAUAACGGUCAAGUUAGACAAGCCUUUCGGAAAGCUUGGGGGACGCGUCUUGAUUUCUAUUGCGAAUUGAAAAACGGGCCAUCAUCCAACAGUCAAGAUACGCUUCUAAAAACACACGUCGUAACCUGGGAAGAGUUGGUCUUGAACCGGCGGAGUAACGAAGGAAAAGGGAAAGUGUGCGAGAAGAAGCAAGCUUGA